AUGAUAGCUAAAUGGAUCGACGCUGCCUCGGGACGGGUGUUCUACAACUUGGGUAAGGUAGUCGCCAGGUGGCCGGCUCCUUUCGUCCUCCUGCCGCUGGUCGCGUCGGGACUUCUCGGUUACUUCGGGCUGAGCAGGAUCGUCAUCAACGACGCUUACAUCUUCGUCCCGGACGACGGGCAGGCGCUACCGGACGGCGAGGCGCUGGGAGAGGCCGGCUUCUCUCCUUCAGGCGACGCGGUGGCGGAGCUCAUCGUCCAGGCGAAAGACGGCGGCGACGUCCUCUUCAGAGACGGCGUGGUGGAAGAGGUUUUACGGCUCCAUGGUGAGCUGACAACCACGAACACAACGUCAAGAGACACGUUCUCUUCUCUCUGUUUCCGCGACCCGGCUACUACAGAAUGUGUUCUGAGUGGAGUUCUGCAGCUCAUGUUAACAACCCGCUCAGGCUCUGCUCUUCGAGCGACAACAAACUUGACCUACCCCUACCACAACCCCAACAGAGUAGCCUUCAAUCUCGGCAGGUAUUUUGGACGUGAACUUGGUGGAGUAGAAAUCAGUGAGGUCAACAACAGAACCGUUUUGUCUAGCAAAGCUCUUCAUCUAGUCUACAACGUGCAGAAAAAUCUAGGCCAAUGGAUUGACACAUUUCGUCGGAUUUGCUCGGAAUUUCAGUCGGAAAUUAUCACCGUAAACUACAUCACUGUAACUUCGGUGGACGACGAAGUUUCGACUAUACCGGCGAGAGUGGCUGUGUACAUAGGAGUGGCGGUAGGACUGUUGAUUCUGUUCGCUGUCGUGUCGUGUAUGAUGUUGGACUGGGUCCUGACCAAACCGUGGUUGGCUGUGGUCGGCGUGUUGUCGGCGGUCCUCGCGAUCGUGUCCUCUACUGGAUCGGUGCUUCUGGCGGGAGAGACAUUCUCUUCGCUAACUACAGCCAUACCUUUUCUUCUCUUAGGAAUCGGAGUGGACGACAUGUUCGUCAUGAUCGCCGCCUGGCGGAAGUGUGACGUAAGACUUCCGGUGCAGGAGCGGAUGGGCCACACCAUGUCAGACGCGGGGGUGUCCAUCACCAUCACGUCCAUCACGGACUGCCUCGCCUUCGCCGCCGGCAUUAUGAACGUCUUUCCCUCCGUCCGGCUCUUCUGUAUCUACGCUGCCGUGGGCGUCGCCUUUGAUUUCCUUUAUCAGAUCACAUUCUUCGCUGCCUUCAUGUCCCUGACUGGACGCCGAGAGCGGGCCAAUCGUCACUGCCUCACCUGCUGCCCCGUCCUGCCCAAAUCACAGGCACAGCACAAAAGCGCCGCCUACCGACUCUGCUGUGCAUCAGGCGUGUCAAAGCAGGAAGGCGCGUUUGACAACCCCUCUUCUGAAAAGUUCAACAAGGAUCCGUUGUUAAACAGGUUAUUGUACAAUAACCUCGUUCCUCUCAUUUUGAAACCCUCAACAAAAGUGGUAGUAUUUCUCUUGUACGUUGCUUACCUGGGAGUAGCGAUUUGGGGCUGCCUACAAGUCGGUAUGGGCCUCCAUUACCAAAACGUUGUAACGGACGACUCGCAUGUAGGGGGAUAUUACGACGCAGAGGAGGCAUAUUUUCAAAAAUACGGCCGCAAAGUUGACAUCUUCAUAACCGAACCCCAGGAGUAUUGGACAGUAGACGUGCAACAGGCUCUCCUGGAUAAACUAAAAUCUUUCGACCAGAGCCAGUAUUUCUACGACACAUCGGAGACCGCAGAGGUCUGGUUGCGAGACUAUCUCCGUUUUCUGAACCAGACUGGCAACUCUCGUGCCGCCACAGACAAAACGCCAUUUUUGCAAAUUCUGAUUGGCCAGUUUCUGCCGACUGUUGGGCGCCAGUAUUACGGGUCCGUGAUACUUGCGGCCAACAACACUGGUAUAACCGUGUCCCGGUUCUUUGUUAUACCGAAGGAUGUCACUACAAGCGAGCGGGGGAGGCAGAUGAUGACAGAAGCUCGCAGUAUCGCUGAGCGUGACCCUCUUAGGAUGAGGGCCUAUAGUUUUGACUUCUUCCUCUCCGACCAGGUAGUCACGAUUCUCCCAAGCACGCUACAGACGAUAGGCGUUGCCGUAGCGAUCAUGUUCGUGGUGUGCUUCCUGUUGAUACCGCACUGUGGCGCUACUUUCCUCAUCACCUUUGCGCUGCUGUCCAUCAACGCGGGCCUUGUGGGGUUCAUGGCGUUAUGGGGGAUAAACCUGGACAUUGUGUCUGUCUUAUCCAUCCUCAUGUGCAUCGGCUUCUCUGUAGAUUUCUUCGCACACAUAACCUACGCCUACGUUUCUUCAGAGUAUACAAUACCGGAAGAAAAACUCACAGAAGCUAUGCGUGCCGUCGGCAUGCCGAUUGUACAAUCCUCUCUCUCUACUAUCCUAGCACUGGCGGUUCUAGCGUUUUUUCCGGCAUAUAUUUUAAAAGCAUUUUUCAAGACCAUCUUUCUGGUCAUGGUCUUCGGUGCGUUUCACGGACUGGUCAUCCUACCCAUUCUGCUGACCAGCCUGCGGCCAUGUGGUCAAGGAAAAGUUCAAGACGAGACGAGAACUCUUCAAGGAAGUAGUAAGAUUACCCCGGUGUCGAACGGAGACUUGCCCAGACCCUUCUACCCUAGUCCUCACUUGGUACGUCCGUAUACGUCGGAGAGUACACCGGUACACGAGAUUGGCGUUUUGAAACCAACGACGUCUUUACCCAAUAUACGUGCUAACGUCGGACAAGAUAACCCGUAUCUUACACCGGAGAUGCGCAGAUGGAUCAAAUGGGUGGGAAGACGACAGACGGGUGUGGAUAACCCGGUUAUGGCGUCAGAUAACCCAUAGAUAUAAGACUGAACUAACGAUUCAAGUUUUCUAUUGCUGUAAAUUUUAAGACAAAAGUUGUGACUGAUUUGAUAUACUUAAAGUUAUCGUUCAAAUAA